UCGAGAACAAAUAAAGCAGCUGUGACCCACAGCGCUGUGAGGAUAACAUUCUGCUUCUGCUUUCCUCCAGCUCUUCAAACAGUGCAGAUGUUUAGAUCUCAUGCUAAUAAAGACCAUAUAGGCAACGUCUGGUAGUGAUGCCGGGAAAAAUGCAGCUUGUUAAAUUUGCACGGUUUCUUCUGUGUCUCGUGCUUUUCAGGGACCUUUGGCACUCAUAUUCAGAUGCAUUGGCUGUUUCACAAAGAAACCUCUGGCGCCCAACUUUAAUCACCACUGUCAGUGAUGCCAACUUCGUAUAUGAGUUUUUACUGAGCGGACUUGUGAUUGAUGAAGACAACAAUGUUGGAAUGCGGGAUCAAGAAAUGGCAUCUAUGAGGCAGGGACGAGUUUUCUUAAGCCUUAUAAAUGAUGACAUACCAAAAUCUGUGCCAGCGAUGGAGGAACUGCUGGUCAUGCUUGAAAAGGAAGAGCAGUCCUUUAAUCAGGAUCAUUCUGAGGCAGUCAUCCUGGGAAUGAUCUUUUCAGCCUACCAGGCCCGCGAGAAGAGGCAAGAGAGUCAGCGGCAGGCAUGGGCAGGUGUCCUUAGCCGCCUUGCAAAUGUCACUCUGGUUCAGCUACGCAGAUCUUGAGUUAUGCACAUGAAAUGCAGAAAACAAUCAGAGCCUCCAGUCUUUUAUGAUCACAUAUGCAUGAAACACAAUAUUGUCAAUGUUGAGAGAAAAGUGUGUUAUUUGUGUAUAAUAUUUCUUAUAUUUCCUGUAUAAAUAAGCAUAAAAUAUAUAUAUUUCCAUUCUGUAAGUAAAUAUCAAUGGCAAGA